AUGGCGACCAGACGAGCCCUCCGCACGCCAUUGAGCGUGCGCUCACUCUCCAACCAGUUCUCCUCCCCCCAAUCGCUCUCCCGACCCUUCGCAUACGCCUCCCGAUCCAUCAACACCGACUCCUCCGCCAAUGGCACGAACAAGACGACACACUUUGGUUUCGAGACCGUCCCCGAGUCCGAAAAGGCCGACCGCGUCGCCGGCGUCUUCCACAGCGUCGCCGACUCCUACGAUCGCAUGAACGACCUCAUGUCCUUUGGCUGGCAUAGAGUAUGGAAGGACCACUUCGUCAACUCCCUCCAGCCGGGCUUCUCAGCAACCAACCCCCCGACCCCGCAACACAUCCUCGACAUUGCAGGCGGCACCGGCGACAUCGCCUUCCGCAUGCUCCACACGGCGCACAACAUCAACCGCAACCCCGACGUCCGCGUCACAAUUUCCGACAUCAACCCCUCCAUGCUCGCCGUCGGCCGCGACCGCUCAAAGUCCCUCCCGGCCUCCCAGCAGGCCGCCCUCUCGUGGCUCGAGGCCAACGCCGAGAAGCUCCCCGACGGUGCCGUCCCCGACAACUCCGUCGACCUCUACACCGUCGCCUUCGGCAUCCGCAACUUCACAGACAUCCCCGCCGCCCUGCGCGAGGCCCACCGCGUCCUCAAGCCCGGCGGCGUCUUCGCCUGCCUCGAGUUCUCCAAGGCCGACGACUACCCCCUCUUCAACGCCGUCUACAAGCGCUGGUCCUUCAGCGCCAUCCCCCUCAUCGGCCACCUCGUCGCCGGCGACAGGGACAGCUACCAGUACCUCGUCGAGAGCAUCGAGCGCUUCCCCAGCCAGACUGAGUUCCGCGACAUGAUCAAGGACGCCGGCUUCGUUGUCGCCGGCGACGGCUACGAGAACCUCACCGGUGGCGUCGCAGCCAUCCACAAGGGCAUGAAGCCCAUCAAGGCGUAA